AUGGCAGGCCUGGGCCCCGGCGGAGGCGAUUCAGAGGGGGGACCCCGGCCCCUGUUUUGCAGAAAGGGGGCUCUGAGGCAGAAGGUGGUCCACGAAGUCAAGAGCCACAAGUUCACCGCUCGCUUCUUCAAGCAGCCAACCUUCUGCAGCCACUGCACUGACUUCAUAUGGGGGAUUGGAAAACAGGGCCUGCAGUGUCAAGUCUGCAGCUUUGUGGUUCAUCGACGAUGCCACGAAUUUGUGACCUUCGAGUGUCCAGGCGCUGGGAAGGGCCCCCAGACAGACGAUCCCCGGAACAAGCACAAGUUCCGUCUGCACAGCUACAGCAGCCCCACCUUCUGCGACCACUGUGGCUCCCUCCUUUACGGGCUGGUGCACCAGGGCAUGAAGUGCUCCUGCUGCGAGAUGAACGUGCACCGGCGCUGUGUGCGCAGCGUGCCCUCUCUGUGCGGUGUGGACCACACGGAGCGCCGCGGCCGCCUGCAGCUGGAAAUCAGGGCUCCCACUUCGGAUGAGAUCCACGUCACGGUUGGCGAGGCCCGUAACCUCAUCCCAAUGGACCCCAAUGGUCUGUCUGAUCCCUAUGUGAAACUGAAGCUCAUCCCAGAUCCUCGGAAUUUGACAAAACAGAAGACCCGGACGGUGAAAGCCACGCUAAACCCUGUGUGGAACGAGACCUUUGUGUUCAACCUGAAGCCGGGGGACGUGGAGCGCCGGCUCAGCGUGGAGGUGUGGGACUGGGACCGGACUUCCCGCAACGACUUCAUGGGUGCCAUGUCCUUUGGCGUCUCGGAGCUGCUCAAGGUUCCCGUGGACGGCUGGUACAAGUUACUGAACCAGGAGGAGGGCGAAUAUUACAAUGUGCCCGUGGCUGAUGCUGACAACUGCAGCCUCCUCCAGAAGUUCGAGGCCUGUAACUACCCCCUGGAACUGUAUGAGAGGGUGCGGAUGGGUCCUUCUUCCUCUCCCAUCCCCUCCCCAUCUCCUAGUCCCACCGACUCCAAGCGCUGUUUCUUCGGGGCAAGCCCUGGACGUCUGCACAUCUCAGACUUCAGCUUCCUCAUGGUUCUAGGAAAAGGCAGUUUUGGGAAGGUGAUGCUGGCCGAGCGCAGGGGCUCCGAUGAGCUCUAUGCCAUCAAGAUCCUGAAGAAAGACGUGAUUGUCCAGGAUGACGACGUGGACUGCACCCUGGUGGAGAAACGCGUGUUAGCCCUGGGGGGUCGAGGCCCCGGAGGCCGGCCCCACUUUCUCACCCAGCUUCACUCCACUUUCCAGACCCCGGAUCGCCUGUAUUUUGUGAUGGAAUAUGUCACUGGGGGCGACUUGAUGUACCACAUUCAGCAGCUGGGCAAGUUUAAGGAGCCCCACGCAGCGUUCUAUGCAGCAGAAAUCGCCAUCGGCCUCUUCUUCCUUCACAAUCAGGGCAUCAUCUAUCGGGACCUGAAACUGGACAACGUGAUGCUGGAUGCUGAAGGACACAUCAAAAUCACUGACUUUGGCAUGUGUAAGGAGAACGUCUUCCCCGGGACCACGACUCGCACCUUCUGUGGGACCCCAGACUACAUAGCCCCCGAGAUCAUUGCCUACCAGCCCUAUGGGAAGUCUGUCGACUGGUGGUCCUUUGGGGUCCUGCUGUAUGAGAUGUUGGCGGGGCAGCCCCCCUUUGAUGGGGAGGACGAGGAGGAACUGUUCCAGGCCAUCAUGGAACAAACUGUCACCUACCCCAAGUCGCUUUCCCGGGAAGCUGUGGCCAUCUGCAAGGGGUUCCUAACCAAGCACCCAGCAAAGCGCCUGGGCUCGGGGCCAGAUGGAGAACCCACCAUCCGAGCUCAUGGCUUUUUCCGCUGGAUCGACUGGGAACGGCUGGAACGAUUAGAGAUCGCGCCUCCUUUCAGACCCCGCCCGUGUGGCCGCAGCGGCGAGAACUUCGACAAGUUCUUCACGCGGGCGGCGCCAGCGUUGACUCCCCCAGACCGCCUAGUUCUGGCCAGCAUCGACCAAACCGAAUUCCAAGGCUUCACCUAUGUCAACCCGGAUUUCGUGCACCCGGAUGCCCGCAGCCCCAUCAGCCCAGCACCUGUGCCAGUCAUGUAAUCUCACCUGCCGCCACUAGGUGUCCCCAUGGCUCCCUCCGCCGCGCCAGCCUUACCCCUACCCCACGGGCCCCCCACUUCACCACCCCCUCUCCAAUUCUAGAUCUUGCUGCCCAACGUUCUGGCCUCUGCCCUCCCCCUCCCUGCACCGGGUUCCAGAUGCCCCUCCCAAGCGUUCCUGGCAUUCUAAACUGCAUACAAUCUCUGGAGUCUUACCGUGUUCUAGAUUCUGCUGGGCUGAGCCCUAGAUUCUGACCUGCCUCAGUGUUCUGGAUUGCGCUCCACCGAGUUACAGCGCCACCAACACCAUCCCAACUCCAAGGAGUUCUAGACUCCAUCUUGGUAGAAUCUAUGCCUCUUCUUCUUCUUUCUUAUUUCUGGGAAAUAGCGUCACGGGGCGGGCUGUUUCAGACUGGGAUUUCAGAACAACCCCCCCACCUCGAGGCCCCACCCACCUCCACUCCAUUCUGGAGUAAGUGGGAAGCUGUGCCUCUGUGCUCCAGUGCCCCUCUUCUACACUCUGGGGAUUCCUGGGAUGUAUGGAAGAUUCUCUCCCCAGCUGUUCUCAGUCAGCUUUUGUCCUAGACUCCCCAUCCUAAACCCACCACUGCAUGGCUUCUCCAGUCCUGCUCGGAACCCAACCCCUACCCCAGUGCCUGCCACUCUCGGGGACUCUCCCCACCCCCAAUCCUCUGCCUCUCCCACCCUGCCA